AUGGAUACAGUUUUAACAAAAUCCCCACGAAAAGGGGGCAAUCAACGAAUAAUUCAGCUAGCCAAAGAAAUUUCAGAGAGUAAAGAUAGAAAAGUACCGGGCCUACUUUUGGCGUUGAGACCAUUACUGAACGAUAUGCCAGCUAGUACAGAAAAGGGAAUGCAAAUCCGACAAGAGAUCUGGCAGUACAAUCUACUGAAGGUACUUGUGCUGGUUCUACGCCAGGAUUUUAGUGUCAUUCCUGGAGAGUGGGAGACAGCAGCCGAGCUGGCUGCUCUAUUAAGCAAUGCCACUUGUGGUUUGAACCUAACCAAAGAUGACCAGAGGCAGCUGGAAGAAGAUCACUUACCUAAGUCCACAGAGAAUUUACUGCUGUUGGCUCGACAUAUUCACGAAGUUAUCAAUAACAUACCAGAUUCAAAGGAAACAGAAAAGCUGAGAACUGAGUUGAUGGUUAAUUUGAAGAUUGUGAUGGAUUCUCUGGUCCGGCUAUGUUCUGGUUAUUUCUACAUUUGUACUAAAGUGAUCUCUUCUCCAUGGUUACUACAGCUGUUAGUUUCUGACAGUCCAAAGGUGACCGUCACUACCAUGACAACAAUUGAAAAGCUCCUGAGAUUGGAUUCACACCUUCUGGGCAAGACUGAAGAAAGUACGGUGUUGGCACUUUUGGAUGAACUUGUCUACAAAUUGACAGUUAAUACACAUGUGUCUGUGGCCAGUGCAGCAUGCCAUUGUCUCAUACAGAUGUGUGACCGUCACAAACUGUUGGUUGAAAUUUUGUGUACCAGAUAUAAGGGUCUGCGGCCAUUGCUUAGAAGAUGGGAAGGGCGGGGAUUUGACAGGGAUCUCCGGCACGUCUCACUGAUGUUGGAAUCUGGCUCUGCUGCGAAAGCUAAGUCACAGAGGAGCAAUGAAUCUGCCCGCUACAUCCAGGCCAUAUGGAGAGGGUAUUCUACCAGAAAGAAGUUACGGAAUGCCAACAGCGCUUUUGCUCAAUUUCAGAAAUCUUAUAGACUGAAGAAAGCGCAGGAGGAGCAUGCCAAACUUCAAACCCAGUUUCAGUCGGAGCUGUACUAUCAGAUGAAACGCAGACGCCAGCAGUUAAUGCGCCAGUUUCAUGAGAAACGUCUGCAUACUCUAGAGAUUUUACCAGCCUCUCGCAUAGAGGGAUACCUGAAGAAGGAGAAAUCUGUGGCUGCGACACGAAUUCAAACUUUGUGGCGAGGUCAUCGAGAACGAACAAAACUGUCAGCCAGACAAAUGGUGGCGGAGCAAGUUCGAGCAGCCAUCAAGAUCCAGAGAGCGUUCCGUAAAUGGCUAGAGAAGUCGGAACUGGACCGCAAAGACUUCCCAACUCACUUAAAGCCAACUGGUCUGACUGAGGAGAGAAGGGCAGAGCUUUGCAUGAAGAUUUCUGAGUGGAGGGAGAGGAAUCCAACAAGAAUAGACAACAAAGAGCAGUUGGAGUUGUCACUACAGAGAGCUCAGGAGCUGUUAGCGAGACACUACUCCAGCGUGAGGCCCUACAGAAAGCUUCAGUACCAGGUGGAGAAUCUGACAGCUCGGCUGGAUAUGGAUAUGGAGCUGGUUGCUUUGGCACCCAGUCUGAAAGAUGUCACUGAAGAUGAUGUGGUACACUACUCAAGUAGGUCGUUACCAGUAGCAACGGCAGCCAAACACCAGCACAGCCAGUUGAUGACCAAGUUGCAGCAGCCGUGGUGGAAGACGCUGGGUAUGGAUGAUUUACAGAUUGAUGAAGAUGAGAAGGAAAAUGUGGAGGCAGAAGUCUUGCUGAAAGCGUUUGGGUUGUAA